AUGAACACAAUUGCACGCUCGGCAAUUCGCCUUGUGCGGCCUGCCUUCUCAAAGCCCUCUGUCAGGACAUUCACCUCCUUCACACCUCUCCGCCCAACUCUCCAGCCCCAACCCGCAUUCCGCCCGAAUGUCACCUCUUUCACCCCCUCAGUGACGGAAUCGGCCGCCGCUGAUGUCGUCCCCAACUCCGCCAUCACAUCGAACCCAGCGCUCGGCUCGGUCCGCUUCGGGCCCCGAAACACAAUGAACGGACACACUCGCCUGGUCCAGAAACGCAGACAUGGAUUCCUCGCACGCAAGAGAAGCAGGACGGGGAGGAAGAUUCUGCAGCGUAGGAGAAACAAGGGUCGCCGACAGCUCGCUCAGUAG